AUGCAUCUUUUAAUUGUUUUUUCCACUUUUAUUGUUUGUACAUUUGCUGCCGUUGCUCAAUAUCCUGUCAAGAUUGGAGAAGCUGUUGUCCUUGAUUUGGGCCCAUUCAUAAAAAAUUGGGAAAGACAAAGAAAAGGACAUUCCAAGGAAUCUCUAAGCUUUUGCGAAGAAGCUAAACGGCUUUCGGACAAAAAAUGCACUCAAUUCGUCGACCAAAACGGCCAUUUAACUGGAUCAAAAGCUGUUGUUUAUGAAAAUGGCACUUUAGUCUUCGAAAGUUUCACGAAAGAAGAUGUUGGAAGCUAUUUCUCAAAGGAUGAAAGGGAAAGAGUUCAACAAAAUGCUGACGGAACAUACUGGGCUCUUCCACGAUCAUUAAUUAACAUUUUUGUUUCUGAACAAUAA